AUGCUCCGGCUCAGGUAUCUGCUUCGAAGUCCUCUCGCGCGCUCGUCCCUCUUUAGGCCUACACACGCUCGUUCCAACUUCUCAAAACCAGAAAAUGUGCGACAUGUGAGAUUUAGGCGGCCUUGGAUUAGGUCCUUCAUAUCCAAAUGUCUUCUGUACGGCACCGCCUUCCACCUCUGGAGCACCUUCGUCCUGGUACGAUUUGACGACGAUACCGAUGACGAGGAUAUUCCUCCUGUGGCCAAAUCCUUGGAGACAGCCCCAGGUCAAACCUCGAGAAGCGGUAACAUCACCGGGAAAGAGGUCGAAAACGAGGGUGCGCUGUUCAUACCGCUUUCCUGGUCUAGGUUGCAACAAGGUGAGCUAUACGCUGCAUCCGAUCCAGAGUGGCAAGAAUUUGUGAAAGUAUCCAAGGAUCGCAAAAAGCUCCAGAGGCUGAGAGACGAACUCGCCCAACUUGUCUUAAAUCAUGCGGGGAGGCAGAUGACACAUAUACUCGGGGAGCCUCUCUCCCUCACAGGAUUCUGGCUUGUCCAUCAGUUUCCAACCCGUGCCCCUCCUGGAUAUGUGCGAUCUGGCUUGGAGGUUAAAGACGGCAAUAUAUCAUGGGUGACAAGGCCGAUGGACCCCGAGAUAGGUGACAGAUUACAGACCUUCAUGAAACCGAUUCAUGUUGCUCUAGCAAUCAGAGAUGCGUAUUUGAUACUAUUUCUAAGGCAACUAGAUCGUUUCAGGAACCCUGAAGGAGAGCCACUGGAUGGCUUUGGUCUUCCGAAUAAUUCUUCUGCCGCGCCUGGUGACGAGAGCGCGAACUGGAUUGGCCAGAACGAUCAAUCUAAGCUACAACCGCCUCUGGCAGACGGACUUAAUGAAAACAUGCCGCUGAAUACCGAGAAUACCAACUACCACCCAUCCUCCGUUAUAUCUUUAUUACAGCGGUUACCUUUACCAGACCUCGGCCCGGGGUCAGAACUGCACUUGGCAUCACAGGCAUUCAAAUUACGAUUGAACCAUGAAGAGGCCUUAGCGCCAAGAUCUGCUCGCCGUGGAGCUUUCUUUAUCUCGGGCCCAGUUGGGCUUAAGGGGCCUCAUGGGUUUUGCCGAUUUGAAGUGAGCGGCGAGUAUGAUCCAGCAAAGCGUGAAUGGCGAACAGUGGAAAUGACGCUAAAGGAUCUGAACAUGAGGAAACAGAAGGCAUUGGGAAGUUGA